ACAAGACCAUACCGUAUGCUUUAGGCGACUUUGCAAUAGAUGAAGAAAGACCUAUGAAGGUCGUUGUCAUAGGUGCUGGUUUCAGUGGCAUCACUGCUGGAAUACGGUUUCCUCAGCGCAUCAAGAAUAUAGACAUUACGAUCUACGACAAAAAUGCUGGUGUUGGCGGAACCUGGUACUCCAACAGGUAUCCGGGACUGUCAUGUGAUAUACCGUCGCAUUGUUAUCAACUUACUUUCGAAGAGAAUACGGAAUGGUCUUCCUUCUAUGCUCCAGGUCCAGAGAUCCGCGCUCACUUACAGCGCAUCACUGACAAGUACCAGCUCAUGCGAUACAUCAAACUUCAGCACGAACUAAUACACGCACGAUAUGACGAAAAGGAAGGGAAGUGGCACCUCAAGCUUCGUCGUCCUGCAGCGGAUUCCACUGCUGAGCACCCCCGCAUGGAGGAGAUAGAGGAUGUUGCGGACUUUGUGUUGUGUGGUGCUGGUGGAUUAAGCAGGUGGUCUUGGCCAAAUAUCGAGGGUCUACACGACUUCAAGGGACGGUUGAUGCACUCAGCCGGAUGGGACACUGACGAUUGGAAGGAAGGUGUGAAGGACUGGAAAGAUAAGAAGGUUGGGAUCGUGGGUGUGGGUUCCUCAGCCAUACAGAUGGUUCCUGCUCUCCAGCCAUAUGUCGGCCAUCUCUAUAACUUUGUUCGUGGCAAGACGUGGCUGGCCACACCAUUCUUUUCAGAGAAACUAUCUGAAAUGAUGAAGCGCGACCCGGAGGCUGCAAACUAUAGUUUUAGCGACGAGGACAGGCAAGUGUUCAAGGAUCCCACAUUUUACAAGCAGUUCAGGCAUGAAUUGGAAGAAGAGCUAAACUCAAUUCAUUCCUCCACCAUGCAAGGCAGUGAGGAGGAGGCUCAGGCUCGCAAGGCAUUCAAGGAAAAUAUGCUUAAGCGCCUUGAAAAGAAACCGUGGAUAGCUGACUAUAUUAUGCCCGAAUUCCCGGUGGCGUGUAGGAGGUUGACUCCUGGUCCCGGAUAUCUCGAGGCACUCACUGAAGAUAAUGUGGACUUUGUUCCCAAGGACAUCAAACGGGUCACUCCAACUGGCUUGGAAACAUCCGAUGGUCAACAUUAUGACCUUAACAUCCUUAUCUGCGCUACAGGUUACGACACUGAUUUCCGUUAUCCUUUCCCUGUCAUCGGGAGAGGAGGAAGAACAUUACAAGAACGAUAUGAUCCACACCCAGAAACAUACCUCUCCAUUUGCACCGAUGGUUUUCCGAACUGGUUUAGUAGUCUUGGGCCAAAUUCAGGCGUUGGAUCGGGCUCAUUGCUCGUACUCAUCGAGCGUGAAAUCGAAUAUGCUGCUGCUGCCGUUUUGAAGAUGCAGCGCGAAAGGCUGAAGAGUAUCGAGGUAAAGAAGGAGGCUGUCGCUGAUUUUGAUCAGUACCUUGAGCACUACUUCCCGAAGACCGUCUACAGUGCGAAGUGUCGCUCAUGGUACAAAGCUGGAAAGGAGGAGGGUCGCGUCGUUGGUGUCUGGCCAGGAUCGUGUUUACAUGCUGCGCGUGCCUUCGAACGUCCUCGCUGGGAAGACUACAACUAUGAAUAUCUCGGUGAUAUCAAGAAUCGCUUCCACUGGCUUGGAAACGGGUAUACCUACAACGAGAAACAUAUGGUGGGCGACAGGGCGUGGUAUCUCAGUGAUGAGGAAGUUGAUUUCCCUCCAGUACCAGCAACUUGAACAACGCCGGGAAAAUUCUGUUCAACUUUAUUAUGUUUCAUUAUGACUGACGAAUGUAUUAUAUACUACGCUUUGAUUUCAUGAUACCACUCUUCUGUAGAGUUAGCAUACGGUUACUUGGCACCAAACUGUCGGAAUUCAUCUUCCACUAUGCUGUGAUUUGUGAACAAAAACUUGUUUACAUU